AUGCACGAUAAGGGUGAUUUUCUGAAUCUAAGCGGUGCAGAACACCAAGAACUUGCGCUGCACGGAGCAAUAAAUCACAAAGGCGACUUCCUCAACCUCUUGAAACAUGCAAACUAUCCGUUGAAGAUAGAGUUGCCACCGGAAACUACAUUACACGGAACGGAUGUUGAAAUAGCACAUAGCACCACCGUUGUUGCUGUGCUUUACCGAGAGGGGAUCAUGAUCGCAGGGGACCGGCGUGCUACUGCAGGCACCUCUGUUAUCUAUGAUCGAGCUGAGAAAGUUUUGCAGAUUGAUAGGCAUUCUGCACUUGCUAUUUCAGGUUCACCUGCAAUGGCUUAUGAAAUUGCCAGAAUGUUGGAGCACUCGUUCCAGUAUUUUCGGCGCAGCCAGCUUCAAGAGUUGAGUCUCGAAGGCAAACUUCGGAUGUUGUCGCGGCUCAUCCGGGAAAAUUUGUCGAUGGCACUCCAAGGCAUCGGUGGGGUUAUCCCCAUCUUUGCACUGUAUGACUUAAAUACCGACGAUGACGAGAAUGGCGGAAAGAUUUUCUUCUAUGACGCACUCGGGGCGCACUUUGAGAACGUUGAUUUUGCAACAACUGGCUCCGGUUCUAUCUGGAUCCGUGGUGUGUUACGUUAUAUCUCUCGAUUCGGCGAUACUCCCUUGCACGAAAUGGACCAACGGCAAGUGGUUAUCACUAUCCUGCGACUCUUGGACAUCGCAAGUGAGUACGAUGCCGCAACGAGCGGAUAUAAUGCUAAAGUGAAAAUUUUUCCGACUCUCAAGACCGUAACACGCACCGGCGUUAAUACCGUUUCUGAUGAUGAUUUAGCGGCAUGGUACGCUGAAGCACAGCCAGAGCAAGUGUAG